AGCUGGACUCGGCUAAUCCCGAUAGCUUGACUGGACGCAUCGACUUUGAACUAUACUGAAUAAAUCAACAUGUCUGCGGUUUACAAAGAUGACCAGGAGGACUGGCUCACUGUGUGUCUCAAGUACUUGCUUUUUGUCUUCAACUUUCUCUUCUGGUUGGGGGGAGCUGCAGUUCUGGGUGUGGGAGUUUGGACUCUGAUCGAGAAGAGCGACUACUUGAGUCUGCUGGCAUCCAGUACUUUUGCAGUGUCAGCUUAUAUCCUGAUCCUGGCAGGCAGUCUGGUGGUGCUCACUGGUUUCUUGGGCUGUUGUGCUGUGAUCCGCGAACAGAAGAGCUGCCUCUCAACAUAUUUCUUCCUACUCCUGCUGAUAUUCCUUAUUGAACUUGUGGCUGGAGUAUUGGCUUAUGUCUACUACCAAAGGCUAAGUGAAGAGUUAAAACAGCAUCUUAGUCAUACUAUGACUGAAAACUAUGCCCAACCAGAAAAGGAUGCCAUCACAUUAGCUGUGGACAGACUGCAACAGGAUUUCAAAUGUUGUGGAAGUAACAACUCUCAUGACUGGACCGUAAGUGCCUACAUGCUGUCAAAAGAAUCAGAAGGCAGAGUGGUGCCUGACAGCUGCUGUAAAACUAUGACUCCUUUUUGUGGAAAAAGAGAUCACCCCUCCAACAUCUACAAAGUCGAGGGAGGAUGUAUAACAAAGUUGGAGAAGUUUCUUGCAGAUCAUUUGUUGGUCAUCGGAGCUGUGGGGAUUGGAGUGGCUUGUCUGCAGAUUUGUGGGAUGGUGCUGACCUGCUGCCUGUACAAAAGGAUCAAGAUGGAACCUUAUUGACUUAAAGGAGAAUUCAUUCAAACGGAGCACUAACACACUGACAACUGAACUUUAAGAUCUGAAAUAUUUACCAUGGACAUUUUGCACAUAUCUUAUGUCCCUAGGGAUGUAAUGCUGCCUAUGUUAUGCACGGUUUAAAACAGAAAGAAGAAUGGCCUUAAAAUGUUAGCCUUUAUUUUAUAGUCCAAAUGAGAGACUAAUUUAAUCAAGUAACAUAUAUUCUGUACAUUACCAUAUGUGCCUGUAUUGCAACAUUACAGUUCACAGUUAAAUUAAAUAACUUGUACGAGUUUAAUUAGUAUCUCAGCAAAUUAUAUAUUUCAUACUCUUAGUUCUAAUCAAUUAUUUUAUUGCUUUGGCACAUUUGUUUUGACAACCUUUGACAACUUGUACUUUAACUGUUUAUUUUUAUUUUUUGUAGGCUAUAAGAUAUUUAACAAUUAACCUGUGUCCCUAGUAAACUUGGAAUACACAUAUCCAAUGAUUCCCACUGAUAUUAGUUAAAAUAUGGGUUUGACUACAUUAAUGGCACACGCUAUAGAUGAUGCACACCAUGUAACCACUAGAGGGAGACAGAGAAUCAGUUUUCUUCGAAAAAGUACCAUCGUUUUCCACUUGAA